CCGCCGCGGCCGGUCCCAUCCGGUCUGCCGCCGAGCGCCGCGUCCCGUUCCGCCGCUACCGGGCGGAUGGAGCUGAGUUGUGGAGUGGGGGGCAGCGCGGCGGCACCCCCGGGGCCUGGCCCGCCCCCCCCCGCCGCCGCCACCCCCGGGCAGCCAAUGGAGAGUGAGGAGUACGAGAGCCUGCCCAGCGGCGCCUCGCUCGGCACCCACAUGAUGGCCGGGGCGGUAGCGGGCAUCAUGGAGCACACGGUCAUGUACCCGGUGGACUCGGUCAAGACCAGGAUGCAGAGCUUGCAGCCGGAUCCCAAGGCCCAGUACAGGAGUGUCUACGAGGCUCUGAAGAAGAUUGUCCUGACAGAAGGUUUCUGGAGGCCCUUACGUGGCAUUAAUGUCACCAUGCUGGGGGCUGGCCCUGCCCAUGCCCUCUACUUCGCCUGCUAUGAGCAGAUGAAACAGUCCUUAAGUGACAUUCUCCAGCACGGAGGCAACAGCCACUUGGCCAAUGGUGUAGCUGGGAGCGUGGCCACGCUGCUCCACGACGCAGUGAUGAACCCUGCUGAAGUGGUGAAGCAGCGGCUGCAGAUGUUCAACUCCCCUUACACGUCGGUGGUGGCCUGCGUGAGGACGGUGCAGAGGACUGAAGGCUUUGGUGCCUUCUAUCGCAGCUACACCACCCAGCUCACCAUGAACGUCCCCUUCCAGGCCAUCCACUUCAUCACCUACGAGUUCAUGCAGGAGCAGCUCAACCCCCACCGGGACUACCACCCCCAGUCCCACAUCGUCUCCGGCGCCGUCGCCGGGGCCGUGGCCGCCGCAGCCACCACUCCUCUGGACGUCUGCAAGACCUUGCUCAACACCCAGGAGAACCUGGCCCUCAGCUCUGUCAACGUCAGUGGGCACCUCUCGGGCAUGCUGAACGCCUUCAAGACUGUCUACCAGCUGGGAGGGCUCCCAGGGUACUUCAGGGGGGUGCAGGCUCGAGUCAUCUACCAGAUGCCUUCCACGGCCAUCGCCUGGUCGGUCUAUGAGCUCUUCAAGUACCUGCUCACCAAGCACAAGGUGGAGAGAAGAGCAUCCUUGUGAGUGCCUGGGCCAGGAGGGAGUGCUUCAACCUGGACUGAGUGCCUGGGCCAGGAGGGAAUGCCUCAACCAGCACUGAGUGCCUUGGACCAGGAGGGGAUGCUUCAACCUGGACUGAGUGCCUGGGCCAGGAGGGGAUGCUUCAACCUGGACUGAGUGCCUUGGACCAGGAGGGGAUGCUUCAACCUGGACUGAAUGCCUGGGCCAGGAGGGAAUGCCUCAACCUGGACUGAGUGCCUGGGCCAGGAGGGAAUGCCUCAAGCAGGACUGAAUGCCUGGGCCAGGACUGAGUGCCUCAACCUGGACUGAGUGCCUGGGCCAGGACUGAGUGCCUCAA